AUGCAGCCAACACCGAUCCUACAACGCGCCAUCAGGCGACUUGCGCUCACGACGAAGCAAGGACCGCACAACUACUACAAGGGUAACCGCGUGGGAGCAAUGGGAAGGCAUACAAAGUGGGGAGGAUACGUUAUGGACUGGAAGAAGGUCCGCACAUAUGUCUGCCCGGAUCUGUCAGAGUUCAACCUUACACCAUUUGUCGCAAAACGAAUCGAACCUCGACGAGACAACUUUUCGCAUACUGAGACUGGCAGCCCCAUGGAUCCGAAGGAGUACAUCAGGAAGUGGAAGGAAGAGGGUGGGAACAUGUGA